AUGAACUCAUCUGCUCACCCGAGAUCAUUAUCAAGUGCUUUUGAGAGAGCUUUUCGUCAAAGAUCUAAAGAAUUUCAUGUUUUUCAUGAACCAUUUUGUCAAGAGUUUACUGAUAGAAAACAACAACUUAAAUGUGGUUAUUUGAAUUCCACAGUUGAACCUUUAUUUUUUUCUACUUUAAAUAAUAUAUUCAAUCCAUACUAUUAUGAAAAUGACCAAUCUAAACCACUUAGAGUUUUUAUAGGAUCUUCCAUGCAAACUAUUGAGAUUAUUAAAAAAAUAAGACAUACAUUCUUAAUUCGAAACCCUGAAAAGUCAAUAAAAUCAUUAUAUAAAGCUUGUUUAGAAACAGAUAAAAUAUAUCUAAAAUAUCUUAAUCGAUCAAAAAAUUGUUUUAAGACAGUAAGUCCUGGAUUAAUGAAUUUAAAAAAUUAUUUUGAUUUAAUUAAGAAUGUAACGGAUGAAAAGAUUGUUUUGGUAGAUGCUGAUGAUUUAGAAAGAGAGCCAAAAAAAGUUUUAAGAAAAUAUUGUGAAAUGAUUGGAAUAAAAUUUAAAAAUGUUAUGCUUGAUUGGAAAGCUGAGAAUGUUCAAUGGGGGACUUGGCGUGGAUUUAUCAAUAACUCUUGGCUUAAAAACGCUGAACAAAGCACCGGCUUUGGUAAAAUUAUAAAAAAAGAGGAUGAAAUUGAAUACCCCCAAUCUCAUGGUUUAGGCCCCGUGUUACAACCUGGAGAAAAACUUAUGAACUUCUUUGCCGAAUUUAGUCUUGGAACGUAUCAUUAG